AUUAAGCCCUUUGCUUAAGGAGAAGAAUGUAUAUGUUGAACGCGUGUUUUAUAGGACUGUUUGUCCAAAGAGUCAUUUUGAAUUCAGACAUUCUGAAUAUGACUUCCUGUCCAUGAAAUGUGUAAUAUCUAAGGAGAAGAUGGAGACGUCUGGGUGGCGUGUCAAUCAAAAUAUCUCGUUUCUUAUGCGAUUACAGAUCUAAUGUUAGUGUAUUGUUGGCGCUGAUUUCAUUUAUCCAAAUAAAUGCUUUGGUAUCACACAAAUCCAGACUAGUCCCUGAGCGUUUUAGCCUCUUCCAGUGUUUCUCUGACUUGCUCUCAUUAACUUAUAGAAGCUGCAUGAGUUUCCCUUUAAAGACUUUGUGAUGUUGAGACAAUUUCACUUAAGAUGGAGAAGUCAGUCCGUUAUUUGUCUUCUAGCAAAAUAAAAUUCAGUAGCACUAAAGGAAAAGUGCAGCGUUCUUAGAGAGGACAAACUCGCCCUUAACUUUACAGUUGCUUUUGCCUUUAAGUGAUGUUCAUUUAAGUAAGCUUAUUAAACUGCGGACAACCAUCCUCCUGUCUCCACUUUUAUUUCGCCACAACUCUCUCUCUCUCUCCCUCUCUCUCUCUCUCUCUCUCUCUCUCUCUCUCUCUCUCUCUCUCGCAUCUCUUGUCUGGGAGGAGGAGGGGGAGUCCUGCCUCUUUGCCUUCCUCAGAUCAAUGCCCUGGCCACUCACUUUCUGAUGUUGCACGACGGGAAAUGCUUUGAAUACUUGCGACAUGGCUGCGCGCAUUGAUUGCCAAGAUUGACAGCAGCUCUACCCAUCGUCUUCUCUUGUCUGUGUGAGUGUGUGAGAGAGAGAGAGUAAGAUAAAGAACAGAUAGGCGAACAACAAAAGGUACUGGUAGUUUUGGACAGCUGAACUUCACAGAGUGUACACGGGAUCCCCUCAUAUGGCCCCGUGUGAGUAGACUUAAGUUUUCACUCAACAGACAGCUCAGAGAUCAUUUUCUAUAAAGUACUGUCGAGUCAAGUAGUCUUUACGCACGGAAAAGGACGCACAAUUAUCUUCUCCAAGCCUCGGAUCAUCAAGGUUAUUUACAUGAAUUCACAAUCAACCGACCAGUGAUCGCUGGAAGCUGGGGAUUGAGUCUUUCAGUUUUUAACCCCACACGCUGACAUGGAAGGCUUUCUUCGUAGCAGCUUUUUACUGAGCAGAGUCAUGUCUUCCAAGCAAGCCACAUCUCCUUUUGCCUCUGUGGUUGAUGGGGAUGAUGCCAUGAUUCAGGACCACUUGUCUUGGGAGAAAGAGGACAGUGCAGAGGCCCAUGGCACACCACAGCUACCGCUGCACAGUCUGCUCCAUGGAAAAGCCCAUCCUGAUGAAAUGCAGCCGCUCAGCAGUGUACCAUCAGAGACUGACUGGGACAGCCUGGUGUCAGCCCAACAGCGCAUGGAAUCUGACAGCAAUAAAGUAUGUUCCCUGUACUCCUUCCGGAACAAUUCCACUUCCCCACACAAGCCGGAGGAGGGGGCCCGGGAGCGAAGUGACCUACUGAGUGGAUCCGCCUUUGGAACUCCGGAGCGCCGCAAAGGAAGCCUGGCAGACGUAGUGGACACACUGAAGCAGAAGAAGCUGGAGGAGAUGACAAAGACAGAGCAUGACGAAUCCUCAUGUAUGGAGAAUCUCCUGUCUAAAGACUGGAAAGAGAAGAUGGAGCGGCUCAACACCAGCGAACUUCUGGCAGAAGUAAAAGGUACUCCAGAAAGUCUGGCAGAAAAAGAGCACCAGCUCUCUACAAUGAUCACCCAGCUGAUCAGUCUGCGAGAGCAGCUUCUGGCUGCCCACGAUGAACAGAAGAAGCUUGCUGCCUCACAGAUGGAGAAACAGAGGCAGCAAAUGGAGUUAGCUCGUCAGCAGCAGGAGCAGAUUGCAAGACAACAGCAGCAGCUUCUGCAGCAGCAGCACAAAAUCAAUCUCCUUCAGCAGCAGAUCCAGGUCAAUGGACAUAUCCACCCUUAUUUGUUAGAACGCCUCUCUCUGAUCUCUGUUCCCUAUAUUUUUCCACACGACCAACGCACUCUGGCAGCAGCAGCCGCCGCGCAGCAAGGCUUUCUCUUCCCUCCAGGAAUGUCUUAUAAGCCAGGUGAUAACUACCCGGUGCAGUUCAUUCCAUCCACAAUGGCAGCUGCGGCAACGUCAGGACUCAGCCCCCUCCAGCUUCAGCAACUGUAUGCAGCCCAACUUGCCAGCAUGCAGGUCUCUCCUGGAGCCAAGAUGCCUCCACUCCCACAGCCCCUCAAUGCUAGUGGACCCAUUUCUCCCUCAUCUCUGAAGAAUGACAAGAGUUCCUCCAGCCCUAUCACUCAAGUCAAGGAGGAAGGAACACAGCCGCUCAACCUGUCUGCGCGGCCAAAGACGACAGAACUGGUCAAAUCCCCUACAUCGCCAACACAAAACUUGUUUCCCGGCAGUAAAAGCAGCCCUAACAAUCUCAUCAGCAAGGGUAGCAUCCCCAGCCCACUCGGAGGAGGCCUGGCCCGGGGCUCAUCUCUGGAUAUUCUGUCGAGCCUAAAUUCUACUGCACUGUUCGGGGACCAGGACACGGUGAUGAAGGCCAUCCAGGAGGCUCGAAAAAUGAGGGAGCAGAUCCAGAGGGAACAGGUGCAACAUCACCAGCAGGGCAUGGAGGCAAAGCUGUCUGCCCUCAGUUCAGUGGGCCUCAACAGCUGCAGAGUUGACAAGGAGAGGGCGCAUUUUGAGAGCAUCGGGCACCACCUGAGCAAGCUGGGUGAGGAAGGGAAGAUCGGCCACAGAGUUAUUGACCUCACCAGACCAGAGGAUGUAGAUGGGUCCAAGGAAGUCAAUGGCUCUGCAGAUAAACCACAACCCUAUUACUGUUGGUCAACAGGAGGCGCUGGAUCUAACGAGGCACGAGUCUUCAGGGAAUCCAGAGGAAGGAACAGCAACGAGCCUCACAUUAAAAGACCGAUGAAUGCAUUCAUGGUGUGGGCUAAGGACGAGCGGCGCAAAAUCCUCCAGGCCUUUCCUGACAUGCACAAUUCCAACAUAAGCAAGAUUUUGGGUUCUCGGUGGAAGGCCAUGUCUAACCAGGACAAGCAGCCAUACUAUGAGGAGCAGGCCCGUCUGAGUAAGCUCCAUCUAGAAAAAUAUCCAAACUACAAGUACAAGCCACGGCCUAAGAGGACCUGCAUUAUUGAUGGAAAAAAACUUCGCAUUGGCGAGUACAAGCAGAUGAUGCGUGUACGGCGACAAGAGAUGAGGCAGUUCUUUACAGUGGGACAGCCACCACAGAUUCCUAUCACCACCAGCGCCAGUAUGGUCUAUCCUGGGACCAUCACCAUGGCCACCACCACACCCUCACCUCAGAUGACGUCAGAGUGCUCGAGUGCUUCAGCGAGUCCUGAGCCAUCCAUUCCUGUCAUUCAGAGCACCUACAACAUGAAGCUAGAGCCCAAUACAAUGGCAAACAACAGUGAGACAGUCAAUGGCGAGGAUGAGAUGGACCUGUACGAGGAUUUUGAGGAUGAGCCCAAAUCAGACUAUAGUAGUGAAAAUGACACGCAAGAGCCAGUCAGCGCCAACUGAGACCUUUUCAAAUAAGAGGCCAAUGUAGACACAACACUCAUACAGGAGAACGCCCAGUGAGUUGGUCUGAUGUGGGAGAAGGAAACAGCAAACAAAAACAAAAACUACACCACAAAGGUUUAAAAAUGUUCUUUAAAAAAUAACAAUGAUGUAUCAUUUAGGAGCCAGCAUGCAGAUGUGGCUUGAUCAGAAUCAAAACCUAUUUGGUCUUAAGUGUUACUUCAAGUGUGUGAAGCAGUUUGGUUGUGGUAAUUUAGAUUGUUUUUUGUUUUAGUUUUUUUUUUAUCUCAUUGUUUGUUUUUUCAUUGUGAUCAUGGACAUUUACACAGUGAGGUUAUUGCCUAGAACAAAAUACAGAACUUGAAGAAAUUGAACAUUUGAUAUGAACCUAUAAUUCUUACAAUAAGUUACCUUGUUUUCUUCUUCAAUUAGAUGAUUUUGAUAUAUUACAUAACUGUUCACGAUGGGAAUAAUGUUCUCACUCAGGUAUAGUGCGCCAGCCAACAGCUUGUGAAUGUUUUAAAUCAAGAAAAAACUAUUACCAGUACAAAAUAUCUCAAAAUUCAUAUGGAAUAAUUCCAUCUUAUUAUUAUUAAUAACAAUAUUAUUAUUCGUGUAGUGUUUUUCUUGUUACAUCACAAAAUUUAGUGGAGAAGUGCCAAACAUUUCAAGUUAUUUCUAAAAUCUGUAAAGUCUUUCGGGAGAGGCUUUGUAAGUCUUAGACAAUCUCUUGAUCUCUUAAUGCAGCUUCAUUAUCCAGUCUUUCUUUAAUUUACUCUUACAAAAUAAACAAAUGAAACUCAGGAACUUGGAGGCAGCAGGCUCUGCAGGAGGUUACAGGAUGUGACAUUUUUGGGUGGUAGCUUGUGAUGCUAGCUGUUCUCUAUGGAGCUCAAUGCAGUGAUCGUCAGUGAAACCAGCCAGUCCACACAGAUCACUGUGGCAUCCUCCGCUCACUUCCAGCUCUGCAACCCAGUCUGACUCACCAGAGUGAUUGUAAUCAGGCCAGAAUGCUAAAGGGCCAAAGGCCUCCAAUCUGUGGGAUUGGUAUUGCAGUGAAAGGCAGCUUUGGGGGCAUUAGAAUCUCAAACUGAUGUUGUACAAUGUGUAGCUACAGUACAUGCUGUUAAAUGCUUUAGCCACAUUUGGACAGCAAGUUUAAAGUCUUAUGUCUUAAAACUUCAUGUUUUUUAAUCUUUUUUGACAUUGUAAAUCUUAAACUGCCACUAAGAAGUCUUAAAGCAGAGCAUGGUCAUCGAGUUGAUGUACUGAGAUGAUUACUGAAGUAGUCUUAAAAGGAGAGAUGCCACAUGAGGAUAGUUCUAAACAGAAAGAACAGGCUAAAUCAUAUGUUUGUUUCUUAAAUUACUUGAGCCUGUAUUAUGGAUGUGACAAUUAAAAUUGAGUUAAAACACAGAUGUGCACUUUCAUUUAGUGCACUUAUAUAAAUUCUGUAACCUUUUGCCUUAUUUUCUUAUUUUUAAUAAUCUUAUCAGCUUUUUGGACUGCACUUAUAUUGUGCAUUUAAAGUAGAAAACAUGCAGUCAUUCUGAAACAAGAAACUCAAAGUCUAUCCUAAUUUCAGCUCGAAAUAGACUUUAGCUAGAUAAAGCUCCUCUAGCGGUCAGGUCCUUGAUGUUGAGACUUAGAUCCUCUUUACAGGGCAGAACGUCUAAAUGGCUCCCCUCCCUGCCAUGCCUGCUCUUGUCUCUGCCCAUGGCAACCUUAGCACCCAGGGGGCGCCAUCUGGCUCAGGGCAGGAGAAAACACCAGGGAGGGAAGGGAAACAAUAAAAAAUGGGGUGUGCGUCCCUUAUUGUGCUCUCCAUCAAAGUGCUGGAAGUAAGGCCUCAACAGGGCUCCCACCCUGGCCCAAUCACCAGGCACUGGCGAGCAGAUGGAACAAGUACAUCAAGCUGUGGGGGAUUAUUAAAAUGACUGACGACUGGGUAUCAUCUGAAAUACAACAUUAUUAAUGCAUGAGUCCAGCUAUCCCCCUCCCUUGCCCUUGAACCUGUCCAUUUCAGCUUUUUGAAGGAUCUAAAUGGCUGGUCACUGUACUGAAGUGGUCAAGUUCCCCACUGCUGGUCACUGCAUUUUGCUCCUAGCUCUAAUUGGUACAGAUGGCUCUUUGUAUCUCUUUAGCACUGUUAUCUUCUGUACGCUUAAUGUCAAUACCCGUUCAGUGCUGGCUUACAAUUUUUCAUCUUUUUUGGAAGCAUUUAUAUUGUUUUGUAGGUUUUUUUUUGUCUUACCACAACAUCAAUAAUUCCUUUUUUCGUGACAUCUUUUCUACAUUGUUCAUAUUUUGAGGAACAAAACAUUUUAGGGAUGCUCUCCUGCAAAAAAAAAAAAAAAAAAAGAAAAGGAUUUCCCUCCAAAUCAACCUGUUUCGUAUUUUUAAGCUGUUUGCUCCUGUUUGCUGGUGGUUCGAUUGAUUUGUAUGUGAUUGUAAAUAUUUUCAUGACCAUGCCACACCGAUUUAGUUGGCUGGUAGUUAAAAAGGACUCUUCGCGGGACUGAAACUUGACUGUGCUAAUACAGCAAAAAAAAAGACAAAAAAUAAAAGAUAAAUGACAACAAGAACUCACAAGGAGACGAUGUUUCAUGAGUGUUAUAAGCACUGGAUAUAAAUUGUAUUUUUAUCGGUUCUGAUUAAUGUGAAGCUGUUUGAGGAAACACACCAUGAAUGAACAAGAUCCCUCAGUUGGACUCAAGUGGGUUUGCUUUCUCACAGUUACCAGAUUUUAGUCAUUUUUUUGUCUACUUAUUUUAUUUAUGCAAAGACACAAAUGAUAAAUGAACACUUUCUUUAAGCUUCAGGGCUGCCUUGGGGAGAUACUCAGCACAAGAAAAUGAGCAGAAAAUUCAACAGCAGACUUGGUUAGGGGUGAAACACCAGACGUCAGACUUCAGUGUAUUGUACAUUGUAUGUGAAACUGUAGAGUAUCAACAUACUGUAUUUAUUAUUAGCCACCGCUGGCCCUAAAAUUGUCAGAAAAACAACAUGGACAAUCAGAAAAAAUGAAAAAAAGUUUGAUAAAUUUGAGCUAAAAAUGGUUUUCCGUGAAUUCACCAUCUCUUUUAGACUCUAUUGUAAAUAUAACAUAGGAAAUAUAUUUUUGUUCAUUAGUAAGGUAUAAGUUAUGUAUUUGGCUGUUCUAUUUUAUUUUCUUUCAUGUUUUGUAAUUUUGUAUGUAGUUUUGUGUUUUUAAAACCCGACAAGUCACUGUACCUCAUGUAGAUGCUGGUUUUUUCUGCUUAUUGGAAGAGAGCCCCUGAGACAGAGAGAAGCGCCUCACCUACAGUACUAACGUUUUGAUAAUCUUCUCCAGGUUAGUCAAAGAACCAAUCAAAGUAAAAAAAAACAAAAAACAAACUCUACUUAUUGUUAGGGUCAUUUCAAGUAAGGUACUCAUUUCAACAGCAAGCACUUGAUGUAAAAUAAUUAUUCAGUAAUUUGUUUCCAAUCAUUAUACAAUCUAUGUAUUACGUUGUACAUGCUCACUUGUGUUCAUUACAGCACUCGUAGUAUGUGGCGAGUUUCUGAUGAGGAGCUGAAAUGAUCCUAAAAUCUCUGCAUCCAUUUGGCAUGCAUUUACAUUAUCAUAAUAAAAAAGUGUUUAUGAGUCAUCUUUUCAAACAAAAGUGAUUUUUUUAAGUUGAAUGCGUGCAAAUAUUUUUUUUAAUGUGGCAAAAUGGACGGACAUGGUGUGCUCUUAAAUAAUUUUCUCUUUGCCAUCUUUUUUUAUGUUGUUGAUUUUUAAUGAAUACUGUAUGUUCAUGACUAUCCAGCCAUCUGCAAAAGUAGCCCACACAACUGUUUUCUCCUAAUCUACGUGUUAGAUAUGCAAAUGGUUUGAAUGAACCGAGGACAAAAGCUUGUAUGCUGGUUCAACAUUACUUACUGUAGUUUGAUUUGUUUUUCUGUCUGAACUUUGUGAUGUAUAUGGUAGGAAUGUUCUCUGUGUUAAUUUAAUCAGCACAAUUCACUGACAUGCUGGACUAAAAUGCUAGCUGCUGUUCAGAAAUAUAAAAUUUGUUGUUCAGGGCAACAUUUAUAGUUGUCUUGGGUACUUUGCUUUUUAGAGCUGUCUGUCAAGCAACACUGUGUGUGGCUCUUCUAUCACUGGAGCCGUUGUUUUGAAAUUGCUGGCAGCCUGAUACAAUUUCUGCAUAGUAAUCUUUUUUUUUCUGGCAGGUACCUAGACUAAUGGCAAGAAUUGUUCGGGUGUUAUUAAAGAAAAUGAACUACAUAGUGUCUGUUGCUGCUUUUAAAAAAGUUUAUGUCUGAAUAUGUAAAUAGUUUAUCAUAAUAUCUUGUACAGUCCAAUGUAAAGUUUUUAAUUCAGCUUAAAAUGUUGCCAUCACAUUUGUGUUCACAUUCUUCUUUAUACAAUACAAAAGGUCAAUUAUUUGCUAGGGGUUUAUUGCUAGGUUUAUUGCUAAAAAAAAGAAAAAAAAGAAACUGUUACUAAUUUUAUUAUGUUUGUUUUGUUUUGCUUGGCUUCAAAGUGUACACCAGCAAGUCUUUGGUUUCCAUGUGCAGUAUUGACGUGAGGUAAACUUAAGGUGAAUAAUUUUACAGUGGUGUGUGUGGAGAGCACUCUCCUCAGCUUUGGUAGUAUUAAUACAACAUGUCAAGUAAAAACAAACCAAUGAGAGACACGUUUCAGUGCAUCUUGGCACUACAGAAAUGUGCAUACUGUAUAUGAUAAAUUAUCCCCACAGGAUCAGUUCAGGCAUAUUAUGAUGUAACAUAAUUUCCUGUAUGUCCCAGUCCAUUGCAACAAUGCAACAAUGGGCUGAAUAACUGCCUGUUUAAGCUCAUUUACCUCAAUAAUUUCUUCCCUUUCUGUAAAAGAGACAGAUAUUGUGUUACAGAAAGCUUCUCACAUCACUCCAUCUUUUGUACUGCUGUUGACACUUACAAAUUAAAGAGACAUUUUGUUUUAA